AUGGGUAGCAAGGAACAACUAUCUAAGGACGAACAAGAUAUCAUUUUAAGAAUGAUCAAACUGAACCAUACAAUUGAGCAGAUCUGUCGCGCAACGGGCAGAUCAAAGGCUAUAGUGUAUGCCGUAAAGGCUAGAAAUUGUGUUCAGGACCCAAAGCCUCGCUCUGGCCGUCCAACAAAGCUUACAGCCAAGGUAUUAAGAUCGGUGGUCAAAAUAGCCACGCGAGAACAUAAGACUACGCGAGCUAUAGCACGCGAACCACACCUUAAUGUGCAUUAUUCGACUGUGUAUCGUGCUAUAGUGAACGAUGGUGGCUGUAAGUGGACCAGAAGACUUAGAUCACCACCAUUGGAUAUUGAAAAACGCAACGCUCGAAAACAGUUCGCAUAUGAUCAUGCGCAUUGGGUUGCAGAGUGGCGGAGUAUCAUCUGGAGUGAUGAGAAAAGGUUUAAACUAGACGGACCUGAUGGCAUGCAGCACUACUGGCAUGCCAUAGACAAGGAAAGAGAGUUUUAUCGAUCACGACAAUAUGGUGGCGGUAGAAUCAUGGUUUGGGGUGCCUUUACAGGUUCAGGUAAACUCUUCCUGGUGUUCAUUACUAUCAGGAUUGAUGCUGCUGAGUAUAUUAGGCUGAUGAAACGUACAAUUAUCAGGCACAUUCAUUCUAGUGAUCAACAUAUGCUCUAUCAGCAGGAUAAUGCCUCGGUCCACACAGCUGGAAAUGUGAAGGAAAUGUAG